GUGUGUGUGCAGAGCCAGAGAAAGAUGGGGGACAGAGUGGUGCCGUAUGGUUUUCAUAAGUUUGGAGGUUUUUUUUUUAGUUCUUUACCCCCCAUCUAACACACACACACACACUGUCCCCAUCAACUGGCGCAGCCUCCUCUAAUGCACCGCUCACACACACUUUUUUUUUUACCAGCCCCCUCUUCCAAAAACACACAAUUCUUUUUCCUCUACGUAGCCCCCCCUCCUCCCCCUUUUCUCCCUCCCCCAUCUUUCUCUCCCUCUUUCUCUCCUUCUGAGGUUCAGAGUCAGAAAGCCGACUUUUGCAGAGGCAGGAGAAACACUGGCAGGAUCAUCACACACACACACACACAGAGGAGUGGGACUGAAAACCUUCAAACUCAGAUCCAGGAUGGAGCCUCUGUAGCAUCUGGACGUUACUGGACUUCACUGUGGACCUUGAUGGUUUUGACUUUCACACCUGGACGGCAUCGGUCUCUAUGACGUCUGGUGAAGUCAGUUCUUCACUGUGGCUCCUGUGAUGAUGUCUGGAGUAUGACCCACAUCUGCACCGCUGGACUCUUUACCUGAACACCUCUGGAAAUACACCGUUCAGAAUCUUGGUGGACCACAGUGUUGCACAGAGGAACACAAGUUAAAGUUGGACAAAGUUGGUUAUUUAUUUGGUUGACUCUGGGUCACGUCUGUUCGGACUGGAGAUAUUUAUUUUUCUUGACAAUAUUUGCGAUGAUGGAUGUUGGUUCAAACGUCAGACUCAUGUCUUGGUGGAGGAUGCAAAGGAGCAGGAGUAGAAGCAGCUGCCGCAGCAACGUGAGUCUCCGGAGUGUCCUGUGGCUUCUGGUGGUCUGUCUGGCUCCUGGAGGCCAAGGUCAGAGGUUGAAAGAGUCAGAGGUGGAGCAGCCGGGAGCCAGGGUUCACCUGGCUGAGAGCGAUGCCGUGUGCCACCAGGACGGAUGCUACGCUGUCUUUCUCCAGAAGAGGACCUUCAGGGAGGCAGGGCGGAGCUGCCGGGAGCGAGGUGGGACGCUGGCCACCAUGCACACCCACGAGGCCGCGAGUCUUGUCCAUGAGCUGCUGUCUGGAAUGGAGUCACUGUGGAGCAGACACAGGCUACGUCUCUGGAUUGGGCUGCACAGACCCCCACGUCAAUGCUCAUCCACCAGACCGCUCCGAGGAUUCGUCUGGGUCACAGGAGACCAAGAUGGUCAGUUUGUCAACUGGCUCCGUGAGGAAACCCCUGGAACCUGUGCUGCACCCCGAUGUGUAGCCAUGACGGUGCACACAGGCAGCGGGCGUGAGAACAGUGACAACUACCGGUGGGUGGACGGCUCCUGCGCUCUGCCGCUGGAUGGAUUUGUUUGCCAGUACACCUAUAAAGGAAUGUGUCACCCCCUGGAGGAUGAGGGGAGUGGCCCGGCUAUCUACACCACACCGUUUCACCUGGUCAGCACGGUGCUGACAUUUGUCCCUUAUGGAUCUGUAGCUGCUGUGCCAUGUCCCGUGGACAGCUCUGACCCAGAAGCCGCUGCAGAGCAGUCAGUCCUCUGCACGGUGAGAGAUGAUGAAACCGUGGGCUGGUCCAGAGACGCUCCACUCUGCCCUUCCAGUAAGGCUCUUCAGAACCACGACUGGUGCAGCGGGGAUCACGGAUGUCAGCAGUUCUGCCAGAACACGGACACGGACUACUACUGUUUCUGCUCCGAGGGCUUUGUCAUCGAUGAAGACGGUUACGGCUGCAGCCCCGACCCUCUCAGCCAAACUGAGUCCCCUGAAUUGUCCUCUGACUCUGCUGGUCCCACUGAGCAGCCGCACAUCAACGAGGUCUGCGUGGAGAUGGGUUGUGAGUACAACUGCGUGGAGACAGCGCGGGGCGUCCGCUGCACGUGCCCACCGGGCUACCAAAUGGGCCCAGACGGUCGCAGGUGUUUGGAUGUAGAUGAAUGCAAACAGCAGCCGUGUCCACAGCAAUGCGUCAACAUCCCUGGAACCUUCCACUGCACCUGCGACCACGGGUACCAGAUGGAUGAUGACGGCGAGUGCGCAGACAUCGACGAGUGCCUCGAUGAAGGGACCUGUGAAGGAGCCUGUGAAAACACUGAGGGCUCCUUCAUGUGCCAGUGCAACAGCGGGUACAAGCUGAGCAGUGCAGGGGAUUGUGUAGACAUUGACGAGUGUGUGACGGGCUCUCCCUGCCAGCAGCAGUGUGUGAAUUACAUGGGAAGCUACCAGUGUUACUGUGACGAUGGCUAUAACAUGCAGACAGAUGGGAUUACCUGCGAACUUUCACCAGAUGAUGAAGAAUAUUCCACACUGACCCCUGACCCCAGCGACUCUGCUCACAUACCUAAUAUGGACCCUCAUGACAUUCCCUGGUCCACCUCCUUCACACCAGACCCAAACUUCGAACCCGACACUAACUUUGAUGUUGACUGGUUCACGGAGAUACCUCCCGACAUGUCGCACGGGGGAGACAACCACCUGAACCCGUGGGACGCCCUCUCACCCAAACAGCAUCCAACAGUGCCACCCCCCACACAGAAAUCCAACACAGGCAAUGAAAUUGGAGACGAAGCUAAAGCAGGAAGUAGAGGAGUUAGUGGUGGUGGAGCUGAUGCUGCGAACAGGUCACCAGGGGACGUGGACAGAUCCAAGGCGGACGGUGCGGAGGAUGUGGGCAGCACAGCAGAGGUAGGAGGAGACGGAUCGGACGCAGGGAAACAGAAACAUGACAAGAGCUGGCUCCUGGUGGCCCUGCUGGUGCCACUGUGUGUGUUCCUGGUUGUAAUGCUGGCUCUGGGGAUUGUUUACUGCACCAGCUGUGCUGUAGACAAGAGCCUCAGCUUCUCCAACUGCCACCGCUGGAUACUCCCCUCCACUCCCCCUGAGAGGAGGGACGGCAAAACCCAAGCAUGAACUUUGAAAAAUAAACAAACGACAGUCCAUAGGCUCACACAUUAGCACAUACACGUACAGUACACACACAUGUGCUGAAAUCCAGAUGUCUGUUAACAUUUCUUUGUGGUGCGGGGCUUGAUAUAAUACAGCUGACCAUCCCUCUCUCUCCCUCCCUAGCCCUCUCUCUCCCUCUCCCCCUCAUCAAGGCAAAUCUAAUCCUUUUCUGUUGCACACACAUUGUAAAUAAUUCACUCUUUCGUCGUGUUUUUAAAAAUUCAAUAAAACCAAUAAAUGGAUGAAA